AUGUUAGUGGGGGUAACCUGAUAUUUUGUACCGCUGUUGUUUUGUUUCGUUUUUGUAUUCGUUACACUGCACCUUGAGCAAAAACUGCAACGUAUAUAAAACUAAAAUGGUUGGUAAUGCAACACAAUGAAAAUUAAAACGCCAUUAACGAAAGAUACUAGUACUGUGCUAGAAGCACCAACUUUAUCAAAUGAUGAAGAGGGUGAAUUGUGGCAUCAUGGAUAUGUCAUACCUUCUGACCAUGAUAGUAGCCCUAGUAGAAGAUGGGGAAGCAAGAAUGGAUGGUGUCGACCUUCAUGCAUACCCAUUUCAGUAAUAUUAAUCCUGAUCUUCCUAGUAGUUCUAUUACCUGUGUUGGAUCAAGCAACUGAGAAGGCUCUUCAGAAGCUUAACAAUAGACACAAUGCAAAUCCAAGCAAUAUAUGCAGUGUGAAGUUAGUGGAAAGCAUACCAGAAGGACUAAUUUAUCCAAAUGAAAGCAUAAGAAAUGGUAGAACUUAUGAUUCAUGGAUGGAAUUGAUUGACUCAGCUGAACAGACUAUAGAAAUUGCAUCAUUUUACUGGACUUUGAGACAGGCAGAUGUGUAUCCUGAUCCAUCAUCAAAAUUGGGUCAAGAUGUUUUUGACGCCCUGCUGAAAGUUAGUGACCGAGGUGUAAAAGUAAGAAUUGCUCAGAAUGCACCGACGAGGGAAAAUCCCAAUACAGAUACGGAAAUCCUAAGCAAACGUAAAGCAGCCGAAGUACGCAAUUUAAACUUUAAUAAACUACUUGGUGCUGGCGUGCUGCACACAAAGUUUUGGAUUGUUGAUGGAAAACAUUUUUAUAUCGGAAGCGCAAAUAUGGAUUGGCGUGCACUCACCCAAGUGAAAGAAAUGGGAAUGCAUGCAGUUAACUGCACAUCAAUGGCUGAAGAUUUAUCGAAAGUUUUUAAUGUGUAUUGGAGUCUAGGCGUCCCCAAUGCAGUUAUUCCUGCUAAAUGGCCUAAAGAUUAUGAAACUUCAAUUAAUAUUGAACAUCCUAUCAAUUUGACUCUUAACGACGACAUCUUCCAAUCGUACAUCUCCAGUUCGCCUCCACAAUUUUCACCCGAAGGUCGUGCGGAAGAUAUCGACGCGAUUGUUAAUACAAUUCGACACGCUGAGAAAUUUAUAUACAUUUCGGUGAUGGACUACUUCCCACUCAUGAUCUACACGCCGAAGAUUAAAUUGUGGCCGGUGAUUGACAAUGCGUUGCGUGCUGCUGCUGUUGACAACAAAGUCGAGGUACGACUGUUGAUAAGUUGGUGGAAUCAUUCGAGACCAUCAGAGGACUACUUUCUUAAGUCUUUAUCAGCGAUUACUGAUGCCUAUCCAAAGGUAACGGUGUCUGUGCGUCGAUUUAUUGUACCAGCUAACAGCGACCAGCAAAAAAUUCCGUUUGCGCGUGUGAAUCAUAAUAAAUAUAUGGUGACUGAUAAUACGGCGUAUAUUGGCACAUCGAACUGGUCGGGUGAUUACUUCACAAACACUGCGGGUGUUGCUUUCGUAGUGCAUGAUCCAGUAUAUAAUCGCAACGCUACCGAGAGUACGAUUCGCAGUGAGCUCCAGGCAGUGUUCGAGCGUGAUUGGAAUUCUAAUUAUUCGCAUACAAUCGAUCAAACAGAUUUAUUUCUGCACUAAUUUUGUAUUGCACCUGAUAAAAGCGAUAAAAUUUUCGCACAAA